AUGGCAACCUCAACAAAACCUAAAGCAAAGAAUUUGUCAUCACAAGCAUCAACCGCUGGCCGUCCUCAACAGGCUGUGAAAUUUGCACGCCGGACAUCUAGUGGACGCAUUGCCAGCUUUUCACAUGAUGAGGAUUUGGACUUGUCUGGUGAAUUUUCAGGGCAGAAUGACUACAUCAAUUACACUGUUGUCAUGCCCCCCACCCCUGAUAACCAGCCUGCAUGGCCAUCCUCAGAAAAUAAAUCCGAUGGGCCUACGAGCCGUUUUGGAGAGCAAGAAGAUAAUUAUGGAAGCCGCGGUGGCAAUGGCCACAGCAAUGACAACUCAAAAACGGAACGAGGAAUGUCUAUAAUGAAAUCAAAUAAUAGAUCAAUAUUGUCAAGGAGCCAAACAGGAGAUUUUGAUCACAACAGGUGGUUGUUUGAGACAAAAGGAACCUACGGUGUUGGAAAUGCGUAUUGGUCAGACCAAGACAAGUAUGGUCAGGAUUCAGAGCUGAGUAUGUCGGAUUUUUUGGACAAGCCUUGGAAACCACUCUCUAGGAAGAUUAGGAUUCCAGCAGCUAUUCUCAGCCCUUACAGGAUACUUGUGGUGAUCCGUUUGGUACUUCUAUGUUUCUUCCUUGGGUGGAGAGUCCAGAACCCCAAUCGUGAUGCCAUGUGGCUGUGGGGGCUGUCUAUCGUUUGUGAGAUUUGGUUUGCUUUCUCAUGGCUACUAGACAUUUUUCCUAAGUACAACCCCAUCAACCGAUCCACUGACCUUGCUGCUCUGCGCGACAAGUUUGAGCAGCCCUCCCCUGCAAACCCUCAUGGCCGGUCAGACCUUCCAGGAGUUGAUAUUUUUGUCUCCACUGCUGAUCCUGAGAAGGAACCUCCACUUGUCACUGCCAACACAAUUUUAUCGAUUCUUGCAGCUGACUACCCUGUUGAGAAGCUCUCCUGCUACAUUUCUGAUGAUGGUGGUGCCAUACUCACCUUCGAGGCUAUGGCUGAGGCUGUUAAAUUCGCAGAGGUUUGGGUACCAUUUUGUCGAAAACACGACAUUGAUCUGAGGAAUCCGGAUAGUUACUUCAACCAAAAAACUGACCACACCAAAAACAAGAAACGGCCUGAUUUUGUCAAGGACCGCAGAUGGAUGAAGAGAGAGUAUGACGAGUUCAAGGUCAGGAUUAAUGGUCUGCCAGAGGCAAUACGAAGGAGAAGCAAAUCAUUUAACUCUAAGGAGCUGAAGAAGGCAAAAAGUCUCGCCAGGGAGAAGAAUGGUGGUGUGUUGCCAUCAGAGGGGGUUGGUGACGUCCCUAAAGCUACAUGGAUGGCCGAUGGUACCCAGUGGCCUGGCACAUGGCUAGAUCAAACAGCGGAUCACAAAAAGGGGGACCAUGCUGGUAUCUUGCAGGUAAUGACCAAGGUCCCAGAAAAUGAGAAGGUGAUGGGUCAGCCAGAUGAGAAAAAAUUAGAUUUCACUGGAGUUGACAUCAGGAUACCAAUGUUCGCAUAUGUAUCGCGUGAAAAGAGGCCUGGCUUUGACCACAAUAAGAAGGCUGGAGCCAUGAAUGCAUUGGUUAGAGCUUCAGCUAUAUUGUCCAAUGGACCGUUCAUACUCAACUUGGAUUGUGAUCAUUACUUCUAUAAUUGUCAAGCUAUAAGGGAGGGAAUGUGCUUUAUGAUGGACCGUGGUGGUGACCGCAUAUGCUACAUUCAGUUUCCGCAAAGAUUUGAAGGGAUCGACCCCUCCGAUCGAUAUGCAAAUCACAACACUGUCUUCUUUGAUGGAAGUAUGCGAGCACUGGAUGGUCUUCAAGGUCCGGUGUAUGUAGGAACAGGGUGCAUGUUUCGUAGAUAUGCACUGUAUGGGUUCCUCCCACCAAGGGCAAACGAGUACUUGGGCAUGUUCGGCAGUGCGAAAAGAAGGGCUCCGGGUCAAUUAGAAGAUGAUUCAGAGGCUCAGCCCCUUACAUCGCACCCUGACUUAGACCUGCCAAAGAAGUUUGGGAAUUCAGCAAUGUUCAAUGAGUCCAUAGCUGUUGCUGAAUUCCAAGGACGGCCGCUUGCUGAUCACAAAUCGGUGAAGAAUGGCAGGCCUCCUGGUGCACUUCUCCUGCCACGUCCUCCUCUAGAUGCACCCACAGUUGCUGAAGCAAUUGCUGUAAUCUCUUGCUGGUGUGAGGACAAGACUGACUGGGGGGAUAAGAUAGGUUGGAUUUAUGGCUCAGUCACAGAAGAUGUGGUGACUGGUUAUCGGAUGCACAACCGUGGGUGGCGAUCUGUGUACUGCGUAACAAAGAGAGAUGCCUUCCGGGGCACAGCACCAAUCAACCUCACUGACCGCCUUCACCAGGUGCUACGAUGGGCUACCGGUUCAGUUGAAAUCUUUUUCUCCAAAAACAAUGCCUUCUUCGGAAGCCGGCGACUGAAAUUCUUACAGCGAAUUGCAUACCUCAAUGUUGGCAUUUACCCCUUCACCUCCUUCUUCUUAGUCACUUACUGCUUCCUCCCUGCGCUUUCCCUUUUCACAGGAACCUUCAUUGUUCAAAGCCUGGAUAUAAGUUUCCUCAUUUACCUCUUAACCAUCACUGUAACACUGACUCUCAUCUCCCUUCUUGAAAUAAGAUGGUCCGGUAUUGGGCUCGAGGACUGGUGGCGUAAUGAGCAGUUUUGGGCCAUUGGCGGAACUAGUGCUCACCUUAUUGCUGUGAUCCAAGGCCUUCUAAAAGUCGUAGCUGGUAUUGAGAUUUCUUUCACGUUAACCUCGAAAUCUGCAGGCGAGGAUGAAGAUGAUAUUUAUGCUGAUCUUUAUAUCGUCAAGUGGACAGGUCUCUUCUUUAUGCCACUUACCAUCAUCGUAGUCAACCUUGUUGCCAUUGUUAUCGGGUGCUCGAGGACACUAUACAGCGAGAUACCAGAAUGGGGUAAGUUGAUGGGAGGACUCUUUUUCAGCUUCUGGGUGCUGUCUCACAUGUAUCCAUUUGUGAAAGGCCUGUUGGGAAGGAGGGGAAGAGUACCGACAAUUGUUUAUGUCUGGUCAGGCCUGAUUUCCAUUACUGUGUCUUUGCUUUGGAUUUCAAUCACUAGUGAAAAUCGUGGAAAACUUGAUGUAUAAUGAUGACCGGUAACAAGAAACCGAGGUCGAAACACUUUCCUUAUCUUUUUUCCAUGGUGUAAUUUCCUUAGAUGCAUUUCAUUAGGCAAAGAAAGUAAUGUAGCCAACAUUGGCAUCAGAAAAUUAGCUAUACCUGUCCCUUAAUUCCUGACUACUCUCUCGGAAACAUAUUAGGAUAUUAUAAAGUUCAGUAUCAUUUGUACUUGAAUCACUAUCUUGAACACGGUGCAGAAAACUUAAAUUCAUGUCAAUUCACUAUUCACAGGUCUUCAUCUAACGAAUAUAUUGGGGGAUUUUUUUUUUUUAAUAUUUUUUGCUGCAACUGGUUUGUGAUUUGCUGUGGAUUGAGAUGACAAUUCUAUACUGGAGUUGUAGUGGCUAAUAAAUUCAGUCGCUUUAUUGGCUCCCCCUUUAUUUUGCUUUCCUGAACCCCUUUGUCAUCUGUCGUUCUCUGCUGUCAAAACUCCAU